CCUCUUUGGAGUUAUAGAAGUGUAAAAAGGGGUUUGAGUUAGACGAAUUUUACUUAGUAGAUGUAAAAAGAACGUUGACUUAAUGUCAACAUUAUUUUAACUUAUACUAUUAGUUAAUUAUUAUUUUUCUCAAUUCUUUUUAACCUUUUCAAAUUAGGUUUUACUACAAACGAAGGUCAAUUUGAAUUUUCUGUAAAAAAAAAGACUUUUUGUACUAAAAAGACUUCAUUUAUUGGCUUCGGUAGCCUGUGGAGUUCUCUAUCUCGCUACCUUUUAUGUAGAAUAGUAGAUAGAAAAAAGAGAGAGAGAGAAAAAAAAAGAUCCAUUGAUAUCGAUCCAAACCUACACUUAAAAAAAAAAAACACAGAUCUGUUUGUAGAGUUUCGAUAUUUUUCCCCUUACAAGUCGACUUUGCUUCAGCCAAACAUUAUCGUUUUGGAAUCACUCUAACAAGUAAGUAAAAACAUUGGGAUAUAUACGUGGGAGUAGAAAGUCGAUUUAAAGCAACGAAAAUGAUUUGGAUGAUCAUCUAAUAGAUUUGAAGGGAAUACAAAAGCUCAAAAAAAGAAAAACUCCAAAACCGAUAUAAGGAUCAAUAAUCGUCAAAAUCAUCAUGUAUCAGCCAAACAUGUUUGAGUCUCAUCAUCAUAUGUUCGAUAUGACCCCCAAAAACUCGGAUAACGAUUUGGGUCUUACGGGGAGCCGAGAAGACGACUUCGAGACCAAGUCUGGCGCAGAAGUCACCAUGGAGAAUCCUUUAGAAGAAGAGCUCCAAGAUCCUAAUCAGCGUCCCAACAAAAAGAAGCGUUACCACCGUCACACGCAACGCCAGAUUCAAGAGCUUGAAUCGUUCUUCAAGGAGUGUCCUCAUCCUGACGAUAAGCAAAGAAAAGAGCUGAGCCGAGAGCUAAAUUUAGAACCUCUGCAAGUCAAGUUUUGGUUCCAAAACAAGCGCACCCAAAUGAAGGCACAACAUGAGAGGCACGAGAACUCGAUUCUGAAGUCAGACAACGACAAGCUCAGAGCAGAGAACAAUAGGUACAAGGAUGCUCUAAACAACGCAACAUGCCCAAACUGUGGUGGUCCUGCCGCCAUAGGAGAAAUGUCAUUCGACGAGCAGCAUUUGAGGAUUGAAAACGCUCGUCUACGCGAGGAAAUCGAUAGAAUCUCUGCCAUAGCUGCCAAAUACGUAGGGAAGCCAUUGCUGACUCACUCCUCCUCGUCUUUCCCUCAGCUCACAUCUUCACACCACAUACCGUCUCGCUCGCUUGAUCUUGAAGUUGGCAACUUUGGAAACACUAACAAUAGCCAGACAGGUUUCCUAGGGGACAUGUAUGGAACAAGCGACAUUAUGAGAUCGGUCUCGAUUCAUAAUGAUGCUGAUAAGCCAAUGAUUGUUGAGUUAGCUGUUGCUGCCAUGGAAGAGCUUGUGAGAAUGGCUCAAACAGGUGAUCCCUUGUGGGUUUCAAGCGAUAGUGCGGUUGAGAUUCUCAAUGAGGAAGAGUAUUUUCGGACGUUCCCUAGGGGAAUAGGACCAAAACCUUUGGGUUUAAGAUCAGAAGCUUCUAGAGAGUCCACGGUCGUCAUCAUGAAUCAUAUCAAUCUCGUUGAGAUUCUAAUGGAUGUGAAUCAAUGGUCUAGUGUGUUCUGCGGGAUUGUAUCCAGAGCAUUGACGCUAGAAGUUCUAUCUACUGGCGUUGCAGGGAACUACAAUGGGGCAUUACAAGUGAUGACAGCUGAGUUCCAAGUCCCGUCACCACUUGUCCCGACACGUGAGAACUACUUUGUAAGGUAUUGUAAGCAGCACAGCGACAAUACUUGGGCGGUUGUUGAUGUCUCUUUGGACAGCCUAAGACCAAGUCCUAUCACUAGAAACAGGAGAAGACCCUCUGGUUGUCUGAUUCAAGAAUUGCAGAAUGGCUAUUCUAAGGUGACAUGGGUAGAGCAUACGGAGGUGGAUGACAGAUCGGUUCACACCAUGUAUAAACCGUUGGUUAAUACCGGUUUAGCUUUUGGUGCAAAACGUUGGGUGGCUACACUUGACCGCCAAUGCGAGCGGCUCGCCAGUUCAAUGGCUAGCAACAUUCCAACCGGUGAUCUUUCAGUGAUAACAAGUCCUGAGGGGAGAAAGAGCAUGUUGAAGCUAGCGGAGAGAAUGGUGAUGAGCUUCUGUAGCGGAGUAGGCGCGUCGAAUGCACACGCAUGGACGACACUGGCCACCACAGGCUCCGACGACGUUCGGGUCAUGACCAGGAAGAGCAUGGAUGAUCCAGGAAGGCCUCCAGGUAUCGUCUUGAGCGCAGCCACUUCGUUCUGGAUCCCAGUGGCACCUAAACGUGUGUUUGAUUUUCUGAGAGAUGAAAACUCUAGAAGCGAGUGGGAUAUACUUUCGAACGGAGGUUUGGUUCAAGAAAUGGCUCAUAUCGCAAAUGGUCGGGACCCUGGGAACUCUGUCUCCUUGUUCCGAGUUAAUAGCGCGAACUCAGGACAGAGCAACAUGUUGAUCUUACAAGAAAGCUGUACGGAUGCAUCAGGAUCGUAUGUGAUAUACGCACCUGUCGAUAUAAUGGCUAUGAACGUUGUCCUAAGCGGCGGGGAUCCAGACUAUGUCGCUUUGUUGCCAUCCGGGUUCGCUAUAUUACCUGAUGGCUCUUCAAGAGUGAAUGCUAGUGCUGGAGCUGAAGGAGGGGAUGGAAAUAAUCUAGAAGUGGUUACUUCCACCGCAAGUAACUGCGGCUCGCUACUCACCGUAGCGUUUCAGAUUCUUGUUGACUCUGUUCCAACCGCUAAGCUCUCUCUAGGCUCAGUGGCUACAGUCAACAGUCUGAUUAAAUGCACCGUUGAGCGAAUCAAAGCUGCCCUGGCAUGCGAUGGGGCAUGAUCGAAAAUUUCUCUAAGAAGUGAAAGAGGAGGAAGAUUUAGGAGGUUUUUUUCA